AUGAAAGCAUUGAUAGCAUCUCCGGUUGCGGCGGCAAAAGUGGGAACCGUUCCCCGGUUCCAGAUAACUCGUCGUCUCAACGGAGGCUACCGUUGCGGCGGCUGCUGCUGCCUCCUCCCUUCACAGCCGAACUCUGCUUCUUCUUCAACACCGUCGGCGACAAGAUUGAGUAUCCAGCGCAACGGCCGAAACCUCAGGCUGGUUUUGGUCGCCAAAGCUGCUGAUUCAACUCAGCCAACUUCUUCUUCUGCUGCCACCAAAACCCUUGUUCCUGACGAUGGAUUCACUCUCGCCAAGAUAUCAUUUGGUGUUAUUGGGCUGAGUCUUGGCGUUUCACUCCUGUCAUAUGGGUUUGGAGCCUAUUUCAAUAUCCUUCCAGGAUCUGAAUGGUCAGCUUUAAUGCUCACUUAUGGAUUCCCCCUUGCAAUAAUUGGCAUGGCUCUUAAGUAUGCGGAACUCAAGCCUGUCCCAUGUUUGUCUUAUUCGGAUGCUGUUGCAUUAAGGGAGACAUGUGCCACUCCCAUCUUAAAGCAGGUCAGGAAUGACGUUAUCAGAUACAGAUACGGAGAUGAGCAACAUUUGGAGGAGGCUUUGAAGAGAAUAUUCCAAUACGGUCAGGGAGGAGGUAUUCCUCGCAGGAGUGCACCUGUCCUACAAAAGAUUCGUGAAGAAGUUACUGAUGAUGGUAAAUAUUGCCUUGUUCUGGCAUUUGAGGCAAAAGCUCUACAAUUAUCCGACUUCGAAAAAAGACAGGCAAAAUUCACUUCCUUCUUUGGACCAGAUAUCACAGCAGAAGUUGGGACGGGGGAAGGCGAUCUAUUCGAAGUGCGACUCGUUUCAAAUUCAAAUGCUGCAGUAUCAUCUUCGUAG